AUGGUUUGUGUCCUAAUUGCCGCGCGCCUCUACAUGGAGAAGAGACUGCUGUCCCAACAAGCGAAGAGGUUCAACCUCCACCAAUCGAAGUACCUACAGGCGUUGUGCGAGAAGAGCCUCUACCAAUGGAAGUACUGGCAGAGUUCAUUCGAGAGGACAACAUGGUUCGGUGGAGCCAAGAACCCCAGCAGCGACCGGUCCAAGUACCGACAGAUUUCCUUCGAGAGCAUAACAUCGUUCGAUGGAGCCAAGAACCCGAGCAAGGAUUGGUCCAAGUACCGACAGACUUCAUUCGAGAAGACAGCAUGGUCCGAUGGAGUCAAGAACCCCAAGAGCAACGGGUCCAACCACCCCAGCAGCGACCAGUGCAAGUACCUGCUGAGGUUAUGCGCGUUGUAG